GAAGUGACUUCUUCGUAGCCGGUUAGGAUAAUUUACGUAGCAGGUUAGGAGGCCAAGGUUGAGGCUAGGAAAGGGUUAGGGAAAAUCACUUCCGGUCGUAGCUGUAUGCAGUGGCGUGAAACGUGUCCCUUCUUCAAAUACAACAACAAGCUAGUAAGUCACUUCGGUAGGUUGCUAGCCAACAUCGACGAACCUUUGAAGGUCUAUACGUUUUCGGUGUAACGUUACUUUUAUAGCCACGGUGUUUGUUUUAAACACAUUUCUGUUGUAUAUCUAGUUACCCUCUUAAUUGCACAUAUACGUUGCUAGUAAGUUAGCUGGAUAACAUAGCACCAGGCUAGUCGCCCAUGCUAACAUCCCCGACCAUGAGUUCACUAAACUACUCCUCCCCUGAUAAAGAAGAGGGGGUCUGCUUGACGGAGAAAGACGGUAUUUGGUUGAACAUUGUCGUAAAAGAUGAGAAACAAGAGGAGGAUGUCACAGUAAAAAAAGAAGAGGGUGAAGCUGUUACAGUGAAACAAGAGGAAGAAACGUUCAGAGUGAAAGAGGAGGAUGUUACCGUGAAAGAAGAGGAGGAUGUUACCGUGAAAGAAGAGGAGGAAGAGAAAGAGGAUGCAGUUUUUGGAGUGAAGACGGAGGGAGAGAUAACUGUCACUUCGGAAGAGACAGGAGAUCGGAUUAACACCAGAGAGAGGCCAGACUGUCACUCUGACAGCGAAAAGAGUCCUUCGGGGGAACCAGACCCAGAGACGUCCAAAUCAGCAGGAAGGCACCACUGCUCCCAGUGUGGAAAGAGUUUUACUCUGCUAUGGAACCUGAAAAUACACAAGAGAAUACACUCCGGAGAGAAGCCAUACCACUGCUCCCAAUGUGGAAUGACUUUUACCUGGUUAGGUAGUCUGAAAACGCACAAGAGGGCACACACAGGAGAAAAACCUUUCCAAUGUUCCCACUGUGGAAAGAGUUUUACCCAGUUAGGGGACCUGAAUAGGCACGAGAGGACGCAUGGAGAAGAGAAGCCCUACCAAUGCUCCCAGUGUGGAAAAAGUUUUAGGUGGUUAGUGAGCCUGAAAACACAUGAGAGAAUACACACAGGAGAAAAGCCUUACCACUGUUCCCACUGUGGAAAGAGUUUUAGGGGGUCAGUGAGCCUGAAACAGCAUGAGAGAAUACACACAGGAGAGAAGCCUUACCACUGUUCCCACUGUGAGAAGAGUUUUAGGUGGUUAGGUACCUUGAAAUUGCAUGAGAGGACCCACACAGGAGAAAAGCCAUACCAAUGCUCCUUGUGUGGAAAGAGUUUUACCAAGUUAUGGGGCCUGAGUAGGCAUAAGAGGACACAUACAGGGGGGGAUAGCACCUACCACUGCUCCUUGUGUGGAAAGAGAUUUACCCAGUUAGUGGCCUUGAAAGAGCAUGAAAUAAUACAUACAAAUACACAGGAGGGGAAUACAUACCACUGUUCUCAUUGUGGAAAGACAUUUUCCCAGUCAGAGGCCCUGAAAUCACAUGAGAGAAUAGAGAGGUUGUGUUCUGACUUAUGUUUUUGACUGUGGUAUUUUUUUUAUGCCACAUGAAAUAGUCAUUACCUGGGUUGUUGUUUUUUCCAUCUUGAGACGUGAUCAUGUCUAAAAAUCUGAUUUAAAUAUUUUAAUGUGUAUUUUGUUUUGAUUGAUUGGAUACAAGUAUAAACCCUGCAAUGCGGUUCAUUAUGUUAUUUGGAUAUUGCAAAAUGUGAAUUAUUAUAUAAGUAAGUAUCCUUGCACGAGCCUAGGCUUCUCUGAGCCAGAACGGCUCAUAGGAGCAAGAGCCUUUCUCCUAUUUCUGUAGUGUGAGGCACCUUGAUGCAGUCUAUUUAAUGAUUAUAUAGAUUAAUGGAUUUUUGUAUUUCUUGAUUCUAACCUCUUGAAUUUGAAAUAUGAUUUAGAUUUUGCUAAGUUAAUUUGAUUGGAAACACUAUUACAGUUGCGGCCAAAUAUAUAGGCACCCUUGCACUUUUCUUGAAUAAUUCCCUAUUUCUUCUAAAGUAAGUUGAAAUUGAAAGAAUCUUUUGGUCUCCACAUCUAUUGGGAUUUUCAACAUUACGGAACCAAUUUUAUUUGUGUAAACAUACAUUUACAAUUUUAAUUCAGAAAAUAAAGCCAUGGCAUGGACAAAGUUCUUGUUAAAUUUUUUUAUAAGAGGCUUUUUUUCUUGUACAGUGCCUUGCGAAAGUAUUCGGCCCCCUUGAACUUUGCGACCUUUUGCCACAUUUCAGGCUUCAAACAUAAAGAU